CUCGACGAGACGAAUCCAAUCCUUCUUUAAUAAUAGACCUGCUCCCCGUUCGCGCGAUGCUGCCGCGGCUGUUCUUGCGCCGCGCGACCACGAGCCAAGAACACGCGCGGGGCUCCCGGCGGCAGCAUCCCUGAGGGCGAAAACCGAAACCUUUCUUGGAUUCCACCUCCCCUCCCCUCGCCCCGACCCGAGCGUGCGCGCGCGCGAAUUGCCUCCCGCCCAGCACCGUUCCUGUCGCAACGAUCCAUGGAGGUGUGCCAGUUUGUAGAAAGCUGUAGGAGCAGUAGUAGGAUGGAGGUGGAGGAAGAAGUGUUCUUUGACACGAGGGAGGAGCUGUUGCCGUCGUCGCCGGCGGCAUUGCCUUGGUCGGGUGGGCUCGACAGCGUGCGGCAGAGGAGGGAGCGGUUCAUGCGAAGCAUGGGCCUGGAGCGCAGCCCGAGUCGCCGCCUGGCGGAUUCUGCGGAUGUCGUGGGGGAUGUGGAGAAGGAGGAGGGUGCGGUGGUUGCGCCGGAGAUCGGGAGGUGGUCGUCGCAGUCGGAUGAGAACGACUGCUCCAUGUCGAGCUGGUCGACGGAGGAGACGGCGAGCUACGACGACGGCGCCUCGGAUGACAAUUCCCUGAGUGGAUCCAGCAAGGGGAGCAGGAGUUUCAGCUCCUUGUCGUUCAUCCAGAGGCUCAUGAGCCGCAAUGGUAAGCCUUCCGCUGCUCCGAAGACGAUCGACAGAAGGAGAAAUGGAUGGCUCCGGAGGUUGGGUGCCAGUGCUUGUAUUGUGGAUCAUGGAGCAGAUGAAGCCAGCACCAGUUCUUCGGAUGGCGAGCAAAUUGGUGCUGGAAGGUACGAAAGAAUUAAGGUUCGUUCAUACCGGAAGCGGUCGAAGGAAUUGUCUGCGGUGUAUCAGGGGCAAGUGAUCAAGGCACAUGAUGGUGCCAUCUUGACGAUGAAGUUUAGUCCUGAUGGGCAGCUUCUUGCAACUGGUGGAGAAGAUGGAGUUGUCAGGGUUUGGUCUGUCAUGCAGUCUAAGGACUGCAAAAUCCCACUCGAUGAUCCUUCUUGUGUCUACCUAAAAGCGCGGCACAAGUAUGAGCUUGCUCCUGUGAACAUCGAGAACGGCAAGAAAUCGAAGAUCAAUGGCCUGAAGAAAUCUGCCGAGCCUGCUUGUAUUGUGAUUCCGACAGUGGUUUUCCAGAUCUCAGAGGAACCACUGCAUGAGUUCCGUGGGCACUCUGGUGAUGUGCUGGAUCUGUCAUGGUCAAGCGAUAAGCAUCUACUGUCAGCAUCAACAGACAAAACUGUUCGCAUGUGGGAAAUGGGAUGUGCAAACUGCAUCAGAGUUUAUCCACAUAGCAACUUUGUGACUUGUGUCCAAUUUAAUCCAGUUGACGAGAAUUUCUUCAUUAGUGGAUCAAUUGAUGGCAAAAUCCGUGUUUGGGACAUUCCUGGAAGCAGUGUUGUGGACUGGGUGGAUAUUAGAGACAUAGUAACAGCAGUUCGUUACCGGCCUGAUGGAAAGCUAGUGGUGGUUGGAACGAUUACUGGAAAUUGUCGCUUCUAUGAACUAUCUGACAAUCUGCUGCAGCUAAAAACACAGAUUGCACUCAACGGAAAGAAGAAAUCAUCUCUCAAAAGAAUCACAGGCUUUCAGUUCUGUCCAAGCAACCCAAGUAAACUAAUGGUGACAUCUGCUGAUUCAAAGAUCAGAAUACUUGAAGGGACUAAUGUGAUUCAGAAUUAUAGUGGACUCCGAAAUGGUUCUUGCCAGUUGUCAGCAACAUUCACUCCAGAGGGGCAGCACAUAAUUUCUGCCAGUGAAGACUCCAACAUUUAUAUUUGGAGCCAUGAAAACAAAUACGAGUCUGCAUGCAAACAGGCAAAAACCACACAGACUUCUGAGCAUUUCCGGUCCAGCAAUGCUGCCAUAGCGAUACCAUGGAAUGGCGCAAAACCAAGAAGCUCGGUUCCCUUGUCCCAAAUUUUACCACCACAAGGAGAUACUUUUUGGUCAACAAGCAAGGCUGUCAGAUACAAUUCAAGCCUCUGUGGAAAGGAUUCUAUCGUUAACAAUUCUGUGUCAACGUCUGCUGCUCCUGGUAUUUUCAAUCUGAACCAGGAGUUCUUCAUCGAGUCCUCUUGCAAAAGUUCAGCAACUUGGCCAGAGGAAAUACUACCAUCUACCACUGUCAGUGUAAAUUUGGACGAGUCACAGUUCAAGCUCUUAAGGAACUGUUUCCAGGGCACACCAAACUCCUGGGGUCAAGUGAUAGUUACUGCAGGAUAUGAUGGCAGGAUUAGGUCUUUCCAGAAUUUUGGCUUACCAGUGCAUCAGUGACUAGAUUGAGCAUCCAGUGGAAGUAAACGUAGAAUUGGCACCUCACAUGGCCUCAAGAAAAGCACCCGUGCACCCAGCUAUGCUGGCCCAUCGUGUGGUUACUUGGUACAAGACAUCACAUGCUUGGUGCUCCUGCUGAAUUGUACAAGGACCAGCGUUGUACAUAAUCAAACCAGUGGUCCUUUGAGAUCUCUACAUCAGUGGUUGUUCGUGGCAGGCCCGGUAUCUUGUACCUUUUGUAGAAAUCUUUUAGUGUAGAUCAGAUUUGUUCUUACUCCCCCCCUUCUCAACUGCUCAUUGAAAUGAUAGAAAUUUUAGUCUCAUCUGAGUGUAAAUUAUUCUCCCAUUUUCACUACCUGGGAGCUCGAUGGAACUGCAGUUACAUAUGUUCCGUUCAAAUACAAAAAAUUCAUUCAUUUGUU